AGCAGCUCAGAGAACUGAGAGUCAGAAGCAGUGAGUGAAUGAGUUGAGAGAGACAGAGCAAGGGAGAGAGAGAGAGAGAGAGAGAGAGAGAGAGAGAGAGAGAGAGAGAGAGAAACUCCUCCUUUUCUUUCGAAGUCAAGGUUUUAGCCACUUAUCAUUUGCAUACCAGAGAAACCUUUUUAACAAGCUAAAGGCAGGAGGCUUGUGCUGCGGCUCAUUCUGAAGAUCUACCUGUAAGAGGUGGUGAACUGCUGUGGCUUCAUGCGUGGGCUUAUCACUUUGGAUGAACUGCAGCUGAGAGGAGCGUGCAUCGGAGAUAUACUCGUGACGUUUCCUUUCUGGUGCUGCUGUCACUAAGAAAUUUUAUCCCAUUUUAUCUUUCGCUGUGUGUUUUACCAGGAAAAGAAGACAUUCCUCAGCACGUCGCCACUGCAAAGUUAGCCUCGCAGAGCUCUCCUUGACAAGCAGCUGUGGUCACCGAGAGGUCUGAAGGCUCUUGGUUCUUUGUAAUCGCUGACUCUGGUUGCCAUGGACCACCUUCUCACCACCUGGCUCCUGGUCCUUUCCCUGUGGAGCUUCAGUGCCAGAGGUCAUCAGCAGAAUGCCCCGCGGGUUUAUCUGAACUUUAAAGAGCUACAGCAUUCAAACACAGCACGCCACUACACCCUCCUGCAAAACACCACCGACUACCGCAUCCUGCUAAUGGAUGAAGAUCACGACCGCAUGUACGUGGGCACCAAGGACUACAUUGUCUCGCUGGACCUCCACAACAUCAACCGGGAGCCUCUAUUAAUUCACUGGUCCGUCAGUCAGCAACGACGAGAUGAAUGCGUUCUUUCUGGUAAAGAUCAGAACGGUGAGUGUGCAAAUUUCAUCUGCCUCAUUGAGCCUUGGAACCGUACACACCUAUAUGUCUGUGGAACUGGAGCUUAUCAUCCUGUUUGCACCUAUGUCAACAGAGGGCGCAAGGCAGAGGUUUCCCUGCUGUACCCACUGUUCACUGGAUGGCAGGAUUACAUCUUCCAUCUGGAGCCAGGAAAAGUUGAAUCAGGGAAGGGCAAGUGUUCCUAUGAUCCCAAGCUCGACAGUGUGUCAUCAUUAAUUAACGGAGAGCUCUAUGCAGGUGUCUACAUCGACUUCAUGGGAACGGACGCAGCCAUCUUCCGCACUAUGGGCCAGCAAACAGCCAUGAGGACCGACCAGUACAAUUCUCGUUGGCUGAACGACCCAGCGUUUGUCCAUGCCCAGUUAAUCCCAGACAGCAGCGAGAAAAAUGAUGAUAAGCUCUACUUCUUCUUCCGGGAGAAAUCAAGUGACUCUGGGAGUUCAGCCAUCCACUCGCGGAUAGGAAGGAUCUGUCUGAAUGAUGACGGAGGUCACUGCUGUCUUGUCAAUAAAUGGAGCACGUUCCUCAAAGCUCGACUCAUCUGUUCAGUCCCAGGCCCUGAUGGAAUUGAAACACACUUUGAUGAACUCCAGGACAUCUUUGUUCAGCAGACCCACGAUGCAAAGAACCCAAUCAUCUACGCAGUGUUCUCAGCCUCAGGAUCAGUCUUCAAGGGGUCAGCUGUGUGUGUCUACUCGAUGACCGACAUCCGCACCGUCUUCAAUGGGCCCUUUGCCCACAAGGAAGGGCCGAAUUACCAGUGGAUGCCUUACACCGGGAAGAUACCGUACCCCAGGCCUGGCACUUGUCCCGGAGGCACCUUCACACCUUCAAUGAAAUCUACAAAAGAUUACCCCGAUGAAGUGAUCAACUUCAUGCGGAACCACCCCAUCAUGUAUAAUGCCAUCUACCCAGUGCACAAGCGCCCUCUGGUGGUCAGAACCAAUGUGGACUAUGAAUUCACCACCAUCACCGUGGACCAGGUGGAUGCAGCAGACGGACGAUAUGAGGUGCUUUUCCUUGGCACAGAUCGGGGAACAGUGCAGAAAGUGAUUGUGUUGCCCAAAGAUGACAUGGAGACUGAGGAGCUUAUUCUUGAAGAAGUCGAGGUUUUCAAGAUGCCGACCCAAGUAAAGACGAUGAAGCUCUCCUCCAAAAGGCAACAGCUGUACAUUGGCUCUGCUUUGGGCAUCACCCAGGUUGCCCUUCACCGUUGUGACGUUUACGGAGAGGCAUGUGCAGACUGCUGCCUCGCCAGAGAUCCGUACUGUGCCUGGGACGGCAAGGCUUGUUCCCGAUAUCUGGCAUCAUCCAAAAGGCGAAGUCGAAGGCAGGAUGUGCGGCAUGGCAACCCAAUCCGACAAUGCCGAGGUUACAACUCCAAUGCUAAUAGGAAAACAGCAGAGACAGAACAGUACGGUGUGGAAGGCAGCGGCACAUUCCUGGAGUGCCAACCUAAAUCCCCUCAAGCCAGUAUAAAGUGGGUGCUACAGCGACAUGGCAGUGACCGGAAGAAAGAGAUUAAAACAGACGAGCGGCUCCUCAGAACAGACCAGGGUCUUCUCCUCCGAUCCCUGCAGAUGGCAGAUGCCGGGAUGUAUCAGUGCACCGCCACAGAGAACAACUUCAAGCACAUCCUGGCACGGGUGCACCUCCGGGUCCUGAACAAUGACACAGUUAAUGCCGUGCUCUCACAAGGUGGGCUCUCGCCAGGUGUCGCCAACUUGCAUGUUGGCAGCCCCGGAACCUCUAGGAGCCCAAACCCGGGGUACAAGGACUUGCUCCAGCUACUGAGCCAACCGGAAAUGGGACUCAUCAACCAGUACUGCGAGGACUAUUGGCAGCGGCCAGCCAACAUCCAGAAGGAAAACCUGAACAAGCAGCUCAAAGUGAAGCCCAUCAGAGAACAGAAAAAACCCCGAAACCGCAGAAAUCACCACACAUCCCCUCUCCAGCAGACAUGAAGUUCUGAGAGAUUAGAAUUUCUUUAAUAUAAAGUAUAACUACCCUUACAACAGACAGUAUUUAUUGUAGGCUGUAUAUAGUAUGAUAAUUCAACCUCCUUGUACUUACAACAAAGUCCCUAUGACAUUAUGUAUGAUAUAUAGGUACUUAAAGUGGGAGCAGUAUUCCCCUGAAUUGUCCCAUAACUUUAAGGCAUUGUAAAGUAUCUUGGUUGUACACUGAGCACUGGGUCUAUCAGUUAUUGCUUUAUCCUGUGUUUCUAGAAUAUUGGCUCUAGAUAAGCAGGGACCCAAAGCUCCAGGGGUCAUAUGGGUUCAAGGGAAAUUACAUAAUGUGGACAAGAUGGAUGGGUCAUCAAUCAGUAAGGAUGCAUUUGAGCAUCUGUUUGUCAUUUUUUGUCCCCUUUCCAUUCCAAUACCCAAAACAUUAAAUAGUCCACCAGCUCCCUUCCCUUAAAGGGAGUCAAAAAUAAAUUCAUAUCGUCUAGAAAAAAAAAUCUUCAGUCACUACAGUCCUUGGCCUGAACCCCCAAACUUAGCCCUGCAUGAGCUGUUUGGACUGACCCUUUACAGCUGCUGUCAUGGUAUAUUAGCUGAGACUUUUCCUUCAGACCAUGGGAGAUCCAAGCAUGGAGACCUCAGCAUCCACUUUCCCCAUCCCCCUCCCACCAUUCCUGUGUUGCUGCACCAAAUGGGGCAGAACUCCAGAAUUUCCAGGAAUUUCCAGCUUUGCUACUGCAGAACCACAGCAGAAGUUAGAGUGCUGGGGAAGGUGGGGUGCGGGAGAAGGGGGUUAAUGGUUAGACUGUGGCCUUUUUGCUUGGAUGCUGAAACCAACUUCUCUACGACAAUGUAAAGUUUAGAUCCAGAGGCUUAAAAAAAUGGGAGAUGAGGAGAUGAACAGAAAUCCUCCAAAAGGGAAUACGCAUAAUAUCACAAAAUAUUUCCUUCUACCUGCCAUGCAGCGAAUAAAAAACACAAUUCCUUUUAGAACACAUCACAGAGUGUAAAUGCUGUUCGUUGAACGUUGUUCCUCAGCUGAAUUACACAGAAUUAUAGGCAAUGCACAAGCUCAGGAACAAAGCUUUGUAUCUAAUAGUCCACGCCAGCAUUUCUGUUCUGUUUAAAACCUCAUCCCGUAUCCUGCACAGUAUUCUGGAAGGCAACACACAAAAGAUAAUUGGCUGAGAAUUUCCAAGCAGAAGUACAGCUACAGGAAGAUGAUAGACAGCACCAGCAAGUGUGCAGGCUCUAUAGCAUUAAGUUAUCAUUGCCUCAAUUCAGGUGAAUAGGGAGCUUCCUUAACAAUUAUUCAGUCUCAUCUGUAGAUUUUUUAAACUUGCAUUGUAUUUUAUAUUAGAAUGCAUUAAUAGUUAAUAAUGGUCUACACCCAGACUGCUCUUUGUUUUUACUUUUACUGUCAUAAAUUAAAUAGCUUUGGAAGAAAAGGUUGUAUAAUUUGUUAAAGUUGGUCGUGUUUUUUUUAAAUGAAACUUUUUGUUGUUGGUGCUGUUACUUUUAUUAAAAGAAUAUUAAAAACCUAAAUUGUGUGCUGGCAAAAUGUGCAUCAACAAUUCCUUCCCAUGGUGCAUUUCUCCAGUAAUGGUAUAUAAUAUAUUCUGUGAUGUCACUUAACCCGGCUUCUAAUAUUUGUUUUUUAAAGGAAGCAAGUUUAUUUUUAAUAACUUUAUUAAACUUGGCUCAAAUGUCAGUGAACAUAUAUUCUGUUAUAUGUAAAUAAUUGUAAAUCUACGGAAAGAAAGGUUCUUGAGUGUAUUUGUCAUUCAUGUUUGGUGCACCUGACAGUGGAGUGAAAAACACAGAGUUCCUGUGGAUAAAAGCAAACCAA